AUGGCGUCGACAUCCUCGACCUCAUGGCUAUCCGCCCUCUUGGCCUUCUGCGCCAUCCUGUGUCUCUCGGUGCCUGUUAACGCCCUCUACUUCUAUAUCGAUGGACGUCAACCCAAAUGCUUCUUCGAAGAGCUUCCCAAGGACACAUUGGUUGUCGGAACCUACUCCACCCAGGUCAUCAACCAACAGUCGAACACGUACUCCGUUGAUUCCAGCUUGAAGGUGCUCAUUACCGUCGACGAGACCUUCGACAAUGACCACCGGGUCGUCUCCAAGCGCGAUGGCCACUCCGGCCGCUUCACCUUCUCCGCCGCUGAUGCCGGCCAGCACAGGAUCUGUGUGACCGCCGACACGAAUGCCGCGACCGGCGGCUGGCUGUCGGGUGCCCCCGCGGGUGCUGUCAAGGUGACUCUGGACAUGGCCAUCGGAGAGACCAGCAAGAUCGAGACGGAAGACAAGGGCAAAAUCCAGGACAUCGUCCAGAAGGUGAAGGAUCUCAACGGUCGGUUGCAGGACAUCCGGAGAGAGCAGGUGUUCCAGAGGGAACGUGAGGCCGAAUUCCGUGAUCAGUCUGAAGCUACCAACUCCCGUGUCGUCCGGUGGACCCUGAUUCAAAUGGCUGUCCUGUCCGCUGCCUGCGCCUGGCAACUGUCUCACCUCCGCUCAUUCUUCAUCAAGCAGAAGCUGACAUAA